AUGUUUUCCUUACGAACGAUAUGCCUGCUGGCUCUGCCACUUCUCGGCAUUGCGCAAGAGCAAGUUGUGCGCGACGGCGCCAGUGCGGACCUGGUGGACCUCCAAAGGGCUGUCGAGAAAGUUCCCAUAGAGUCGCUACAUGCGGCGCUGCGGGAUCAUUUGUCGCACUAUCGAGACGGCGUGUUCGAGGAUGCGCAGACUGGACUGGAGCAGAUUCACAACGAUGACCCGGAGCUUGCGACAAGAUUAGUGGAUAUUGCUGUGCAGGAGGCGGCCGUCAAGGAGCUCCUCCGAAAGCGCCAAGCUAGCAACAGCACCGAAUCGUCCACUGUGGUCACCUCGACCAGCGCGGUAAUCGUGACCGACCCUACCACGACCGUGGUGAGCUUCACUACCCAAACGAGUACCGUACCCGUGAGUUCCACACCGAGCUCCACCCAGGCACCGAGCAGCACGGCUCAAAGUACAACCCAACAGAGCUCCUCCCAAGCUCCAAGCUCUACUUCUCAAGGUCAGUCUACUCAGGCUUCUUCUUCGCCCGUGGUCGUGGUAUCAAGCACAGUCGAGACGCAAGGCGGGACCACAUUGACAUCUGUGGUCUCCUCUACCCAACAAGGUACGCCUGCAAGUUCUUCUGUCCAGCAGACGGCAGGUUCGUCUGCUGCUUCCUCGGCGCAGUCACCGGCUGGUGGUUCAUCCGCUGGCAGCUCCGCUCAAAGUAGUGCACAAGGUCAGACUACCUCUGCAGGUAGCGGUGCGACAAGUGUUGUAUCUAGUGCCCAGUCUACUAACGGUGACUCUUCCGUGAUACUUCAGUCGACUACCCUGACUUCUGGCGGUAGCACAGAAGUGAUUGUCGUUAGUGGCUCGGGUCAGACUUCUACUAUUUCCACUGCUUCUGAUGGCUCGGUUGUUUCUCAAGGGCAGGGCUCAUCAUCUUUAAUAGGUAGCACUCAAGGCGGCAGUACCAUCGACAUCACCACCACGAAUAACGCCGGAAGCACUGUCGUGUCUUCCAUCGUCGCACAAUCUACGAUCGAGGCCAGCACGCCGUCCCCAGUCACCACCACGAACCAAGCUGGAAGCACUGUUGUCAGUACACCAGCUGCUAUCACCGCAGGCACUGUCAGCGGCGGCUCGAGCGGCGGCACAGCAAGUGGUGUCUUGGUCCCCAUCGUGAUCUCGACCACGAACUCAGCUGGAAGCUCAAUCGCUAUCACGACUUCUGCCUUCCAGUCCACCGCGCCAACCAGCAUCGAGGUCCCGAUUACGACUACGAACGCGCAGGGCAGCACCAUCACCACCUCUACACUCGUGCCAGCCGCCGUCAUCAGCGGCACCAAUUCCAAUGGUCAAGCAUUCACUAGCACUUCACCGCUAGCAAGUGUGCAGAUCGCAUCUGGCGGCCGUAUCGUCACCUCUGCAGCCGCUCUCGGUGCCUCUGCCACCCGUGGAGCAUCGUCCGGAAUGUCUGCCGAGACUACGACCGAUCAGUUCGGUGACAGCGUGGUCAUCACUGGCAUGUCCGCUGGCCAGGUCGUUACGACGACUGAUGCUAAAGGCCGCACUGUCGUUCUUACAUACACACCAGGUGGCGGUGCAGUCAGCGAGCUUGUCUUGCAGACCACACAAUUGCCUAAUGGUCAACGCUCAACCAUCACCUCUUUUGCCGUCGUUGGCGGUGGCGGUGCCGCGACCUCCACACAAGCUGCCGCGGGUGGUAGCGCAAGCAGCAGUGGCACUCACCACCUGCAGUCCGGCCUCGCAGCACCAACAGGCAGAUAUGUGGGUGAGGUCGCUGCCAUGGUUGGUGGCGUGAUCGGCAUGGCUGCUGUAAUGCUUUAG